GGUUUACAUCUCUCUCUAUAGGUAGCAACCCGACCGACACUCACAAAACCACAAUCAUCAGGCGAUCUCCACUUGUGUGAGCUGUCUGUAGUCAAUCAAAGUGACUUUCAUUCAGUCGACGUCGUCGCUGGGCGCUUAGUUCGAAAGUUGGCCUGCAGCUGAGGUGCUUUUCUGGGUAGCGGUGUUGUUUAUCCAGUUUUUUUUUUAAUUGUAAUUUGUUUGUUAAAUUGGCAAUUUCCUAAAAGUUACCAAUCAAAAAAUCAAUUUUGGAUAAAAAAAAAAUGGCCAGUAUCGAUACCACCAUACUUCCGUUCGAAGAGAAGCCAUUAUACGUGCCAUCGUUGGAGGAAGUUUGCCAGGUGUUGGCUUCUGGAUUGACGUCUAAUUUUGAAACUGUUCAGGUCGAAGUAGUGGACUGUCCAAAUCUAACAGAAGAUCCAUUCCACCUAGCGGGUCAAGGACUCAAUGGCAACCCUACUCUUCUGGAAAUCGGAGGCCCUCCAUAUCUGCUCCCCCACGUGGAUUACACCAAACUAUACGACUUGGUUUCCAUUUCUGAACGGUCACUUAACGUCACAAAGAAGGAGUUCCUCGCAAUCGGGGCCGGAGCCGGUCCAUAUCCAUUGGUAGACUCCAAUUGUGAAGGCAUGUUCAACCUUAAGGUCCAUGCCAACGGGCACGUUCUCAGCGAAAGCCAUCUAGCACGAGUAACACCCGAUAGGAAAAAGGUUCUUCUCGAGAAGAUACCGAAUACGGAAACUCGUUGCGCUCUAUUGGGCAACAUUUUCCUUAGCGAAGGCAAACCGGGAAAAGUUCUCAAAGUGAAGUGUAAGAAACGCACCGGAAAUAAGGACUUCAUCGCUAGUGUUCGAACCACCUUGGAACAGCACUACGGAGAACGCACGGUUGGCAUGGGAGGAGUAUUUCUGCUGAAGAAUGGAAAAGCCAAACAGCACGUGAUGUCACCGUUUUCGGAAACUCCCAUCUAUACCGAGGAUGAGUUGAAUACCUGGCUGAACUUCUUCGACAUGUCUGCAACGCUGAUCGCCGUUGGAACCCUGGUAACGAACGAGUGCGAUCUGGAUCUUCGGUUGCAGCACUUCCACAGCUUCUCGAGGCACGGCGAAGGUGGCCACUACCACAUCGACACGACCCCGGAUACGGUCGAGUACGAAGGCUAUUUCAAUUUGGGAAACAAAAUCGUCCGGGUCGACAAGCCCGUCAACACUCACAAAUUUGGACGUGAUUGAUUAUGGUACGCUCGUUUUACGUACGAAUAUGGCUCAAUGAAGAAACAAACAGAAUGUCAAAGAUCAACGGUAAUUAAAUGCCUGAUUAAUGUUGCUUCUGAA